CUUUGCGCGAGUGGCCUAGCCCCCGAGGGGGCGGGCCAGCGGCCUCUGCGCAUGCCCAGUGAGCGCGCAGUGCCGGCGGCGGCAGCGGCAGUCAUGGCGGUUCGGUGCGUGAGGCUGGCGCGGUGUAGUCUCCCGGCUUUGGCGUUGUCUCUCAGGCCCUCUCCUCGGCUGCUGUGCACAGCUACAAAACAGAAGAACAGUGGCCAGAAUUUGGAAGAGGAUGUGGGUCCCAAUGGACAGAAGACAGAUCCUCCCUCUGCAGAGAAGACGCUCAUAGAAGAGAAGGUCAAGUUGGAAGAGCAGCUGAAGGAGACCAUGGAAAAAUAUAAGCGAGCUUUGGCUGAUACUGAGAACUUACGGCAGAGGAGCCAAAAAUUGGUGGAGGAGGCAAAACUAUAUGGCAUCCAGGGCUUCUGCAAGGACUUGCUGGAGGUUGCAGACAUCUUGGAGAAGGCAACAGAGUCAGUUCCCAAGGAGGAGAUCAGAGACGACAACCCCCACCUGAAGCACCUCUACGAGGGGCUCCUGAUGACCGAGGUCCAGAUCCAGAAAGUGUUCAGCAAGCAUGGCCUUCUCCGCCUGAACCCCCUGGGGGCCAGGUUCGAC